CUCGUAUUACUGUCAUGUUUCUCUAAUUGUAGCGCUGCAAAGUUGUCUAGGCAGCUUCGCAACAUGGCUGUGACACCAUUGCUUGCACUGCUUUUGGCACUCAUUGUAGCACCGCCGGUUUCAACACUUGCUGCGGAUGAUGUAACUGGACGGGACUUAGUAGGGUGGCUUGGUGAAACCUAUGCACGAGGAGGACGGAGCGAUUUGCCUGACAGCAGGAUGGUCGUGCUCUCAUGGCAUCCCCGUAUCUUUUUGUACAAGGGAAUCCUUACGCAUGAUGAAUGCGACUUCCUUAUUGAGGAAGCAACUAGUCGCCUGGAACGAUCCGGCGUUUCCGAUUCAGUAACCGGAGCGGGGGGCCUUUCUGAUAUUCGCACUUCCUCCGGCAUGUUCUAUGUCCGCGGCGAGAACCCGGUGGUGAAGCGCAUUGAGGAGCGGCUGGCCAUGUGGACCAUGCUGCCGGUGGAGAACGGGGAGGGCAUCCAGGUGUUGCGGUACCAGAAGACACAAAAGUACGACGCGCACCACGACUACUUUUCCUUCGAGGGAGCGGAUGAGAACGGAGGCAACCGCAUGGCUACCGUGCUCAUGUACCUGUCGGCCCCCGAGGAGGGCGGUGAGACGGUGUUUCCCAAGGUCCCGGCUCCCCCCGGUCAGACCUCCGCCAACUUCUCCGAGUGCGGCAUGCGGGGCAUGGCGGUGAAGCCGGUCAAGGGCGACGCGGUGCUGUUCUGGUCCAUCCAGCCGGACGGCCGCUUCGACGCCAAGUCGCUGCACGGCAGCUGCCCAGUCAUCCGGGGGGUCAAGUGGAGCGCAACAAAGUGGAUCCACGUGGGUCACUACGCCAUGGGCGGCGAGCGGGAGGAGACGGUGCACCGGGUCAUGUACGUGCCGCCCCCGCCCCCUGCCGUACCCGGCUGCAAGAACACACACAAGCUCUGCCAGCACUGGUCCGAGUCAGGCGAGUGCGAGUCCAAUCCCGGCUACAUGAUUGGGCACAAGGGGGCGCCCGGGGCCUGCGUGCUGGCGUGCAACCGCUGCGACAUAUUGAAAGCGGCAUGAAAGGGGAGUGAGAGGCAGAUGGGGCGCCGGUACGGGAAAAAACACUAGGUUCUAGAGGAACAGGGAGAGCAAGCAGACCGCAGGCCGGCGGAGAAGAAAGGGGAUGACCAGGGUAUGAAGAUGGAUCUUUGCUGGAGUUGCCCUUCACUUCAAGCUGAGCGUGAAGGGCCGGGCGUGAAGGGCAGCUGGGCUGGCCCAGUCGUGGAGGAAUCGAACGGGGGUCGACGUUGGGAUACGGGAUGCUUGCUCCUUUUGUGUACGUACACGAGCACAUGCGCAUAUGCGGCUGUGGGUAGAGUGCGGGGCCCUGUCGCCUUUAUGUGCGUCCGGGCGGUUGAAACGUGUAGAGAGUGGGUUUACGUAGUGACGUCAUGCGGAGAUAGGGG